GCCAAAAGAAAGUGGGCGGCGAUGCGAAGCGAACAUUUAACCCGAUCACGGUUCAUGUCAUCCAGGGGAGCGCAUGGCUCUGCCUUUACGCACCAGUGCCACCGCGCUUCUGGCUGCUGCGUACACUGAGGCAGGAGAUUCAAGCAUCGUAGAAAUUGCAGGCGGUGUACAUUCGGAUACAUAUACGCCGCAGAAUCCGACGCUUCGUGUCCUGUGCCGGCGAGAGCUGCGUUGUUAGCGAUGGAGCGGUGGAAAGGCAGAGUGGCCCUGGUGACCGGAGCCUCGGUGGGCAUCGGAGCGGCUGUGGCCCGGGCACUCGUCCAGCAAGGCAUGAGGGUGGUCGGCUGUGCCAGGAAUGUCGACAAAAUCGAGAAGCUGGCGGCAGAAUGUCAGAGCGCAGGAUACAGCGGCACACUGAUCCCGUACAAGUGUGACCUGUCCAACGAGGAGGAGAUCCUCUCCAUGUUUUCAGCCAUCAAAACGCUCCACAAGGGCGUGGACGUGUGCAUCAACAACGCCGGGCUGGCCCAUAACGAGCCCCUGCUCAGUGGGAAAACCGAAGGCUGGAGGAAUAUGAUCGACGUGAAUGUCCUAGCCUUGUCCAUCUGCACCCGGGAGGCUUACAAAUCAAUGAACGAGAGGAACGUGGAUGACGGUCACAUCAUCAAUAUUAACAGUAUGGGCGGGCAUCGAAUGGUGCCAAGUGCUGACGAGCAUUUCUACUGCGCCACCAAAUAUGCGGUGACCGCUCUGACUGAAGGAAUACGGCGAGAACUGAGGGAAGCCAACACCCACAUCAGAGCCACUUGUAUAUCCCCCGGGAUAGUGGAGACUGAGUUUGCCUUCCGUCACCACAACAAUGAUCCAGAAAAAGCAGCUGCAGUGUAUGAGAGUAUGAAAUGUUUAAAAGCAGAAGACAUCGCGAGCGCAGUCACAUUUGUCCUGAGUGCCCCUCCUCACGUCCAGAUCGGAGAUGUUCAGAUGAGGCCGGUUGAGCAGGUGUCCUAGCGGUGAAACGAGGGGGAAGACGCUGCGGGAGGAGCCCACAGGUCAGCAGCCGCGGUGACUCAUUAGCGACCUCUGCCGAGCGCGGGUGGGGUGAUAAAUCAGCUACGGCGGUGGGAUGUGGAGGAACGCAAGGAGUCGAGGAGGGCUGGAGGUCAGACGGAUGAAAGAAAUGAAGGGUGUGGACUAAAACCACAGUGAAAAUACUACUGAAUGCAGCCACCGGUCGUUUGUUAACUGAGCCGACUCCAAAGUACAACAGGAGUCCACGCUGUGUUGUGUGUGGUCGUCUACCGUAUAUGACCAUAACUUUAGAGGAAGACUAUGCUAUUGACUGCACAUUUUUUAAGGUCAUAUGACAUAUCGAUUUGAAAAAUUCAGUUUCAAUGCUAAUUGCUAGUUGAUAUUAAUUCGUUGUAUUAUUUUUAUAAUUAUUUGACCUCCUGAUUGAUGAAAGGCAGAUCUGCUGGCAUAGAAAAAUAACCGUAGAAAGUACUGUUAUUUAUUUAACAUUCUCUUACGGCCUGCCACCUUUACUUACAAUAUGGUCAUAUUCACUUGUCUUUGAAUUUAAACUGUCCACUUUUAACCCUUAUGUGCAGAUUAAAAUCAUUUAUAAAAGAAAAAUAGACAUACUAAUUAUACUUUUUUUUUUUUUUUUUUAUGCAUGUGCAAUUCUUGCAAUCCAACAAUUGGCUGUGUCAUUUCAAUCAAUUAACUUUCAAUGAGGUAAUUAAAGGCAGAAUUAACAGAUGUCGUAUAUUAGACUUUACACCGAUUUUAUUGGGCUGAUCGGUAUCGGUCGAUAUUUAGCAUUUUAUGCUGAUCGGUUUUAAUGUCAUAAUUCAAUGACCGCAGAAGACGUAUACUCCGCGUCGCCAUCAUACACAGUAUAUUUGAAUCCAAAAGCUCGUUUAUUUUUAGACUUGUUGCGUCUCUUUUGAUGUAUAAUGUAACAAUAAUGUAUAAUAUCUGACGGCCAAAUAAAGUUAAAUAAAGUUAUUUAAAAAAAUAAUAAUAAUGAAUCGGUGGUGUGGGACAGACAACACGUAAUGCCGGCCGGAUCAGACUACAAGACACAUUUGCUCUAUCAUGAUUGCACUAUGUCAGACUACUUCAAUAAAAUCUUGUAUUCCGAUACCACCGCAUCCCGUUGUUUUACAAUCAUUGGGCUCUAUCUUGUCAACUCAAAUGCAACCGGAUACACUCGUUACCGUGGCGACGACAACAAGAGUCGCUCGCGCCGACUGUAUUAUAUGGGAAAAAACGUGUGUUGGUGGUCACCGGUGCUCAGGACAGGAGAGGACGUUCGUUUCAGGCUUGCUUGAGGUAUGUUCCCGUUCUUUUAAUACGAUGCGGCUCGCAAGCAGGCAACAAAACGUUAUGUAGCCUAGCAAGCUAGUGCUAGCACUAAGGGUUGUGCGUAAACAUGCCGCCGUUCUGUUGAAUCAUGCGCUAAGGUUUUGGUGUGGGUGAAGUCAUUUAAUUACAGGAAGUUAGCACCCGUUAUUUCUGUCGUGUUGUAAUGUUGGUUUGACCUGACCGAUUAGAAUGCACGAUCUGACGAGAGCAGUGAUUUCCAACCUUUAUGGAGCCAAGGAACAUUUUACAAUUGCAAAAUCUCACGGCACACCAACAAACAAAAAUGUCCCAAAAAGUGGAGACAUUAAUGACUGUAUGUACUUCCUGCCAUCUAAUAGAAGAGCAUUCGUUUGUUCUGUCUGUCACUAGGCCUCACUGGCACAAAUAGAGGAACAAAGAUACAUUAUUUAUUGUAAAUAUAAUUUUUGGAGCAAUUAAGUACGCAAGUAUAUACAGUAAAUGAACAGAAAUGAUCAUUUCAAUAGACACAUUCCUCCAUCUUAUCGGUUUUUUAAACUCUGUGAUCGGCCCCAAAAAUCCUGAUCGUGUAAAGCCUAAAAAAAAAAAAAUAUAUAUAUAUAUAUAUAUAUAUAUAUAUAUAUAUAUGGAUGGAGAGAGAGAGAGAGAUGCCUCCUUCUCGAAUUCUUCAUUUUUGCAUAGUUUCCCCACUUCAAAUGACAAAUGUAAAUAUCAUUCAUUCAUCUAGCGUUCCGCUUCUCCUCAGGCGGGUCGCAGGCGUGCUGGAGCCUAUCCCAGAAAUCUUCGGGCGAGAGGCGGGGUACACCCUGAACCGGUCGCCAGCCAAUCGCAGGGCACAUAUAAACAAACAACCAUUCGCACUCACAUUCACACCUACGGGCAAUUUAGAGACUUCAAUUAACCUAGCACGCGUGUUUUGGGGCUGUGGGAGGGAACCGGAGUGUCCGGAGAAAAGCCACGCAGGCACGGGGAGAACAUACAAACUCCAUACAGGCGGGGCUGGGCUGGGGAUUGAACCCCGGUCCUCAGAACUGUGAGACAGAUGUGCUAACCAGUCGCUCACUGUGCCGCCUGUAAAAAAAAAAUAAUAAUAAUAAAUAAAAAAAUAUAUUAUAUAUAUAUAUAUAUAUUUUUUUUUUUUUUGUGCUUCAAGGACUUUAUUUCUCAUCUGUUUUUGAAUUUCUUUGGAUUGUGGCAUUUUGAUGCAGCUUUUCUAGUUCUGUUGAUUUCUUGAUUGAACAGGUCUGCAAGUAAUCAGGCUUGGGUGUCGUCCGUGAAAUUGAAUUCAUCUUUCCCAAAAAAUGGGAUUGAGCCACAGUAAAUUCCUGAUUCAACAAGUGGGCAAUUACUUUUUCACACAGGGCCAGGUCAGGUAGCGUUGAAUAUUUUAUUUUGUUCUCUUUAAUAAAUAAAAUCCAUCCAUUUUUAACGAUGAAGUGGGGAAACUAUGCAAAAAAACAAACGACAAUAAUAAAUUGAGAAGGGGCGAAUACCUUUUCAUGGCACUGUAUGUCAUUUCAGUGGGAAAUAAAUACUUAUCUAUUGCCUGCCUAUAUGUAAACUAUACAGUGCCAAUGCCUAUACCUUCUGUCUUUAGAUAUCAUUGUACUGUGUACAUGUCAAGUGUAAAGGAAAUCUAUUGCAUGUAGAGUGGAGUAGGUUUGAAUUACACUUUACACGACACAUAAGAGCAGCAUGACGUGUACUCCUGAUACACACUUUUAUCCUUUUUAAUCAGCAACCUUCCAUUUGACCUAAUAAAUGAGUCGCCCACACUGAAUUUGUCCAUGGU